AUGGCGGAGAAGAAGUACAAGCUGUACGAGCUGUCGCGGCGUGAGGCACGACGCCAGCCGACGCUGCCGGAGACGGACAUGACAGACGUCGUCGAUCUGCGCCACCUCGAUCACAACACGGAAGCCAACACCCGCAUGAUCCACAAAGUGGUGGUGCCCGCGCUGCGUCCCCGCAACGAAAGCGUCUCCCCGCACGCAGAAACAAAUGCCCGAUGCCGUGCAACGGCGGGAUCGUCUCUGAAUCGAGGCAGUUUCAGCGCCGAUGACAGAGCGAGCGAUGAUGUCGUGUGCUACACCUUUGCCGGCGUCCCCGGCCUCCUGCUCUUUCCCGGGGUGCUGAACGCGGAGGAGCAGCAACGGUGGUGCAAAGAGUCCAUUUUGGAAUUUGGAGACUCUGCCGUGCAUCCGAAUAUCAUCAGCACUCACGCCAAGACUCCACACACGACGACGUGCUACCAGCCCCCGAUGCGGUGGGCAACGCUCGGCUACAACUACGAGUGGACAAACAAGGUCUACCACCGCGACCGCUUUUCGCCUUUUCCGGCCUCUCUGCGUCGGCGCAUGUGCGACCUUGUGAGCCUUGUGGCUCAGGUGAAGCAGGACGGUUUCUGCUGCGCGUACCCCGAGGUGUACGAGCCGCAAACCGCCAUCGUGAACUACUACCCUGUGGGAUCCAUGAUGAUGUGCCACCAAGACAUCAGCGAAGAGACGCUGGAGCAGCCGCUGAUGAGUCUCUCGCUGGGCUGCUCGGCGAUUUUUCUAAUGGGGACGCAGUCUCGCGAGGACGCCCCGUACGCGUUUAUGCUGCGCAGCGGGGACAUGGCUGCGUUUACGGGCCCCUCUCGCACCGCCUUCCACUCCACACCGCGUAUAUUGGAUGACUGCCCUUCGUACUUGACGUUGUCGGACGAGGAGAUGACGCAGGUGGAGAAGCAGCGAUACCAACAACACGCGUACUUUGCGCAUCCCACGGCGGAUGGCAGCUUCGUGCCGGUGGACAAGACAGUGAUGACAGCCGAGGAAAAGGAGCGCUACUGGCGUCUGUGCAUGCGUCACAUGCGAGUCAACAUCAACGCACGGCAGGUGUACGGUGAACGGUGCGAGGCGGUGUUUGGUGGCGCGCCAGUCGGAAGGAAUGGGCGGCUUUAG